CCCAGCAAUGGCACCCAAUAGUCUUUCACAAGGCGUCCCUUUCUUUAAUCCUACUUACUUUCAUUAACACCAGAACACCAUUCUCCAAGAAUCUCUCUUUCUCCUAUUUCUAGUGCUACAAGGAUUCGGUUGGCGAUUGCCAUUAUCACCAUCACAACCUACUUCUGCAUCCAACCAACACCAUCCGAAUCGUAUUUCAGUCUCUCAUCCUAACCACAACCAGUUUUCUAUCUGUAAUUAACAGUUGAGCUUCUCGAUUCUUCACAAAAGGGGUUCUCCCUUCCUUGUUCUUCCCCAAACCAAUCAUGAGUCUAUCAGUUGUUCAAGGGUUUAGCAAGUCUCUUGCGAUGACUGUUCUCUCCGAAAUUGGUGACAAGACAUUUUUCGCAGCUGCGAUUUUGGCGAUGCGUCACCCCAGGCGAUAUGUUUUAGCAGGCUGCCUUUCAGCUUUGAUUGUCAUGACUAUUCUUUCUGCUGCUGUUGGUUGGGCUGCUCCAAACCUGAUCUCUAGAACAUUGACUAAGCAUAUAGCCACUAUAUUAUUUUUAGGGUUUGGAUUUUGGUCAUUAUGGGAUGCAUUUCAUGAAGGGGACUCUGAAGAAUUAGCUGAAGUUGAAGCUGAAUUGGAUGCUGAUUUGCAAGCUAAUGGAAAACCUAAAGCAAAUGGAAAGGAUGAUGACGACACUAAAAAGAAGAACAGACCAUUUUUCUCUCAAUUCUUCUCACCCAUUUUUUUAAAAGCAUUCACCAUAACCUUCUUUGGCGAAUGGGGUGACAAAAGCCAGAUAGCCACCAUUGGUUUAGCUGCUGCUGAGAAUCCACUCGGUGUUGUUCUUGGAGGAAUUUUAGGGCAAGCUUUGUGUCAAACUGCUGCUGUCUUUGGAGGGAAAAGCUUGGCAAAACAAAUAUCUGAAAAAUUCAUUGCGUUAUCGGGUGGAGUUCUCUUCAUAGUUUUUGGAAUCCAAUCAUACUUCUCAACGGUUGAUUCAUGAUUCAGGAUGAUAAGGAUGGGGAGGGGUGUGUUGAAGUCUUGAAGAAGACACAUUGUUAUGACAUGCUAUAAGUUUUGUAAUUUGUAAAUCCAAAAGAUCCAAAUGAAAAUCGGGCUUUGAUACAAUUCAAAACUAUGAAUUAUUGACACCCUUAUGCAUGGCAUAUGUUGUGUAGCUUUAGACAGUUUGUUUAAAUAGACAUUUUUAAAUCUAACCUUAUUCCAAU